AUGACAGAGGAAGAGCAAUUAAUGAAAGGUGGUCACGCACCAGCUGAGAAAAUUGCUGGUGGUGUCCGAAUUGCAAGAAAAACCAAAAACCCCUCUGAAUCGGAAAAAGGAAACGGUAACGGCGAGAAACCAUCCAGUGAAGAAGGCGAUAGUCAAGAGGUAGUUGAAGCUCGCAACGUUCUGGCGAACUCUGGAUUAGCAGCACAGACGAAUAAGGACUAUCCGCCAGAGGCAGUUCGGGCAUAUCAUGUGAAACCCCAACCGCAGCAUCCAAACCCGAAUGUUCCUCAUGCUACAAACCAUAUCGUUUUCCAACCAAGAAAACAGUGA